CAGUUGACGCGACACUCAAUACUCAUAUUCACUUAUACUGUGCUCGUUGUACAUGGCAUCGAUCAGCAGCUGGCUAUGGGGAACCUCCCAACUUGACGACGCCGUCGACAAGGCUACUUCGGAGCUCAUCCCGAAUGGCUCAGAGGACGUUGCUCUCAAUCUCGAAAUAUGCGAUCAGAUACGCUCCAAGUCUGCACCCGCAAAGGAUGCCAUGCGUGCGCUCAAACGCCGCCUUAAUCACAAGAAUCCCAACGUCCAACUCCUCGCACUCGCCUUGACAGACAUCUGUGUCAAGAAUGGCGGCGAUCAUUUCUUGACCGAGGUAACCUCACGAGAGUUCAUGGAUAAUCUGGUCUCCAUCCUCAAAAUCCAUGGUCUAAAUAAUUCUGUCAGAGAUGAUAUCUUGAAAUAUAUACAGAACUGGUCCUUGGCUUUUGAAGGCAAGCCCAGUCUUAGCUACGUCAAUCAGGUCUACAAGACCCUCAAGAGUGAAGGACAUCAUUUCCCUCCAAAGGACUUUGCCCUGGCGAACUCUGCCAUGGUCGACACAUCAACUGCUCCAGAAUGGAUAGAUUCUGAAUUGUGUCUGCGAUGUCGCACUCCGUUUACAUUUACCAACCGAAAACAUCACUGUCGGAAUUGUGGACAGGUUUUCGACCAGCAAUGUUCAUCUAAAUCCAUACCCCUACCUCACUUCGGCAUCACUCAAGCUGUUAGGGUCUGUGAUACGUGUCACAAUAAGUUGCAGAAAAAGGCUGAGAAAAGUGACAAAGGACACCGUCAGUCCGCAAGUAUGUAUAGCCCACGGCACAGCAGUGCGCGCGACCUUGCAGAUGCCGAGCUCCAACGAGCUAUCGAGCUCUCCCUCGAGGAGGUCGGUGCUGCUCACGGACGCAGACCGGGUUAUGUCCCCGCUCAACCCUCCGCGCACAAUUGGCAAGUUUCUGAACCUCCUCUUGUUGAUAGGAAGACACGCCCCGAUCACAAAGUUGCUGACGCGGACGAGGACGAUCCUGAUCUCCGUGCAGCUAUCGAAGCAAGUCUUCGCGAGGCUAGCGCCCCGAGACCGAGCGCCCCUGUAGAGCUUUCAAGCACAGAUUCAUACAGCACUGCGUACGCCACUUCUCAAUCAUAUCCGCCCACCGUCGCGCCUGCCCCACAAGUGCCGAAGCUUGCGAGUUAUGAUCUCGAGCUUUUGGAGACCGACGCGAUUCUUACAUUCAGCCAGACAGUGGAGCAAGUGCAAGCGCAAGGGGGACGCGACAUGUCGCGGUAUCCUGCUGUCAACGAACUAUAUGACAAGGCGAAUGGGCUCCGUCCCAAGCUGGCCAUGAGUUUGGAUGACACUGACCGCAAAGAACAACUGCUAUCUGAGAUGCACGAAAAACUUUCGCAAGCCGUCAAGCUCUACGACAAGCUGCUGACAGAUCAAGUCUCACAUCCCACAUGGCGGCGUUCUCUCCAACAGGUCCACCCCACGACUAUACCUGUGCGGCAAUCGGCACAAACACCCGUCAACGGUUACAGUCCAUGGGCACCUUCCCACCAUCAUGCAUCCUCCGUGUCUUCCCCGGUUGUUGCGCCACCGCGGAUGGAUCCUGUCCAAUACGCCCCACAGCCUCUUAUUUCCCGACCCACAUUAUCUACUGUCCCCGAGUCAGAGCCUCAUUAUGCUCAUUAUGCGGCAGGACCAUCACAACACCCUACGGCUCCACUUGCCUCGCCGCCCGCACCCCCUCAGCCUCAGCAGUCGCCCCACUUCGCCAGUCCGCCGUUAUCUGUAUCCUACCUCCCCCAGCAAACGCCCGCUUCUCCCACCAUUCCGAUCCACCAACCUGUGUCCAUACCUCAGUUCACCAACAUUCACGCACCGUCUCAACCACCACCAGCACCUGCGCUUCUACCCAUAGCUCCACCCCUCGCUCCACAGACCCCGGCCCUCGCACGGCAUCACAGCGUCUCAUCACGCACCACAGUGUCCCCACCACCUGCCCCGCUCGCGCGUUCAAGCACCGUAUCGCACACAUCGCGCGCUCAGUAUCAGCAGCCCCUACAGCCACAGCUCCCCCAAUUUCCCUCUGCACCCACGACAGCACCACAGUCGUUUGAUUUGUACGCGCCGUCUGCGCCUACGACAAUUCCGGAGCGACGAGAGGAGCUGUUGAUUGAUUUGUAGUGAUUUUUUGUCUUGCUGCAGGUGUAUGAGUGGAUUAAUGUAGGAUCGCGCACUGAUGGACUGAUAGAUUAAUGUGAAUGCACGUAGUUCUUGGAUGAUCCGUAAACAUGACCACAUGUCAGGAAAUUGGGAUGUACGGGCUAUCGAAUUUGCCCAUGCAGA